GUAAAAGGCAUUUCCACAGAAAUAUUUGUAUGUACCUAAGCUGUGUACCAUUUAUAAAAAUGGACAAUUGCUGCGGUGUAUCGAAUAUCAUAUAAAUGUUAAAUAAUAAUUAUUUAUAUUAUGUAUACAAAAUUUAAGUUUCGGCGAAUUACUAAUAUUUUACAAGAACAAGAUGAUUAAAAUAUAUUAGCUACAAUAUAAAAUAAGAAUUUUCAAAAUCCCUUUAUAUUUGAUCAAACGAUAUAGCACUCCUUUUUGUAUUAGAGAAAAACGUAAAAUAACUGAACUUGGAACUGAAAUUGAUCGAAAAGAUAUAAUUUUCGGGGUAAACAAUCUAGCAAAUGCAUUGAUCUAACAAAACAGCUGAUGCUGCGUAUAUCACACAUAUAAUGUCAAUAGUGGAAAAAUCCACCAGUAAACAUAAUCGUGGCAACCAUUACAGAAUCCGAUUCGAAUUUGACAUUUCCUAUAUACUCUAAAACGAAAGAAAAACGAAAAGCGGAAAAAACUACGUGUCUCGAUGAAAUAUCGGAAAAGGAUUGUUCUGUAAAACAGCGGAAAGGUCCAAAAAUUCGGAAUUACUAAUUUCAGAAAACUAAAAAAAAUAUAGUGCUAAUAUUGCAAUUUUUUUUUCGAACGAGACUUGCCAAAUUUUGUACAUACAGUUGGCUAGUUUUGUAUUUAUUUUUAUUUGACGAGUGUGGUAUUUCCCAUUCUAUCUAGUUGUUGGAUGCUUGUGAUCUUUAAUAUUGUAGUAAAUCGAAAAUUCUGCUAGCAUAAUUCAAAAUUAAUAUAUUUCUGGAGUCAAUCAGCCUAUUGGCUGUGCGUGCUAUCAACAACGACAACAUGCAAAUAUUACUUUCGUCCGUAUGUCUGGCGUUGACUAGCAUCGUCAUCGGGAACGCCUACUACCAGAAGAAGCAAUUUUAUCCUGCGGUUGUGUACAUCACCAAAUCCAAUGCAUCUAUGGCCGUUAUUUAUAUACAGUUUUUCGUUAUAGUUUUCAUGUUUGGAAAGUUAUUGCGCAAGAUAUUUCUGGGCACAUUACGAGCAGCUGAGUUUGAACAUCUAUUGGAGCGAUUUUGGUAUGCCCUUACAGAAACAUGCCUUGCAUUCACUGUAUUCCGCGAUGACUUCAAUCCGCGCUUUGUAGCACUAUUUACAGUUUUAUUGUUUUUGAAAUCAUUCCAUUGGUUGGCGGAAGAACGCGUUGACUUUAUGGAGCGAUCACCUGUACUUGGUUGGCUAUUUCAUAUACGCGUAGCAAGUCUUCUCGGAGUAUUGGGCAUUUUAGAUUACUUUUUGCUUAUGCACGCCUAUAAUUCCACUCUAGUUCGUGGACCAACAGUGCAGUUAGUUUUUGGCUUUGAAUAUGCAAUAUUGCUAACUGUAGUUGCGAGUACAGCCAUCAAAUAUGUGCUACAUGCUGCUGAAAUGCGAACCGAUGUACCAUGGGAAAAUAAAGCCGUAUUUUUGCUGUACACCGAAUUGGUGAUUGGCUUGAUCAAAGUAAUUCUCUAUGUAUUGUUCGUGUUUAUAAUGGCCAAAAUAUACGCAUUACCGAUGUUUGUAUUUCGCCCAAUGUUCUUUACGAUAAGAAAUUUCAAGAAAGCACUUAUCGAUGUCAUUAUGUCAAGACGCGCUAUACGAAAUAUGAACACACUUUAUCCUGACGCUACUCCUGAAGAACUACGACUUUCAGAUAACAUAUGUAUAAUCUGCAGAGAAGACAUGAUAAACCACUCAAAAAAGUUGCCUUGCGGUCAUAUUUUCCAUACCACUUGUUUACGUUCGUGGUUUCAACGUCAACAAACCUGCCCAACAUGUCGUCUAAAUAUAUUACGAACACCUAAUGCCAACUCUACUGCGAUUCCAAGAGCAGACGAAGUAGUGGGUGGUGGAGCUGCGGGCCAGGGUGCUGCAGCUGCUGCUACGCCUACUGCUGCUGCUGCUCCCAUACCAAAUCAGGCAAACGGUGCUGAGAUGCCACGAGUUGACGGAGCAGCACCACCCAAUGCUGCAGGUAUCCCAGGGUUGUUUGAAAACAUUGGCAUGGCCAAUGUCGGUACAAGUAAUUUGCCUGGUGGGUUGCCGUCGAUUUCUACGACAGCAGCACCAUCCAAUUUCCCAACUUUGCCGUUGCCUCCACCAUUCAUGAUACCGCCUCCAUUCCCAUUUAUUGCCCCAUAUGCUGUACCACCACCACCUAUGCCAUCGGAUCUAAGUACCUUGAGCGAUGAAGAAUUAAAAUUAUUAGAAGGAAAUGAACGCCGUAAUGUUGAAGAACGUAUCAAGCUGCUACGUAAUAUUGAAUUGAUGCUGAAUGCUGCAGGAAUAUUAAUGAAUAACUACCAAAUAAUUACUGCGCGAUUGCAAACUACAGCACCAUUUCCAACCGAAACUGUAGCGUUUUCGAACAACACCACCAAUACUACUUUAAAUAAUACAAACGAAGAACCCAGUACAUCAGCGGCUGCUGUUGCAGCGCUUGCUGAAAGUCAGUUGCAUGUACCUGGUACCAGUAAUGUUGCAUCAGUAGCGAAAUCAACAGUUUUUACAGAAAGCUCAUCACAUCCUCCAUUGCAAAAACAUGGUGAUGUGACAAUUGAAGAUAUAGGCGGUGAAGAACAUGAAUAUGGUGUUACGCAGAGUAGUGGUGCAACACAAGUAUCAGCAUCAUCUUCAGUGCAUACGCCGGGUAUUGAAAAAUGUACUGAUGACAAAACUACCAGCAUUACAGCUGAACAACCUGAGAAUGCCGAGCUCAGUGAACUGAGAAAACGACGUUUAAAAUUCCUUGAAGAAAUCAGCAAAUUAUCAACGCCAACAACAACUUCUGAAAAUACUUCGAGCGAUUAGAGAAGGACUUUUAGCUUUAUGUUGUUUAAGUUUUGUUUUCAAGAUUUUUAUUUGAUUUGGAAAUUAAAGGGUGGAAAAAAGUAAUUGCUGUUCAAAAAGAAAACCCAUAUAUAAAAAGACGGAAAUUAUGUUGAAGUUAUGAUAGAAGCAAAGAAUGGAGAAAUCAUGAGCUGAACUGUAUUUAAUAAUAUAUAAAUAAAAAAAUAAUAAUAUAUACUUACAUACAUAAAUAAAUGAAAACUCAAUUUGUACUGUUUAAUUUUUCUCCUGUAUAUAAAUAUUUGUGUGUAGUAAAUUUUUCAACCAAUUACAUUCACUAGACAAAAUAAAUAGAGAAAUAUUGACUAAA